CAUGGGAAACAUGGCGGCGGCGAGGGACUGAGCAGCGCCAGCGCUCGGCGGCCGCGCAGACAUCUUCAGUUAUCUAAAACAAGCCAGUCCCAGGAUAAAGACAGCAGCAGGUGAUAUAAUGCGGAAACCAGGCCCUCAAAAAGCCAUAGACUGGAAAGAUGGUAAAAAGCAUAAGUACAGCCGCCCGUCAGAGUCUCCCUCCCAGUACCAAGGUCACUUCACCUGGGAGAAAUACCUGAAAGAGACAUGUGCCAUCCCAGCUCCUGCCCAUUGCUUCAAGCAGUCAUACACUCCACCUGCAAAUGAAUUCAAGAUCAGUAUGAAACUGGAGGCCCAGGACCCCAGGAACACUACCUCCACUUGCAUUGCCACGGUGGUGGGUCUGACAGGCGCGCGGCUCCGCCUGCGCCUCGAUGGCAGCGACAACAAGAAUGACUUCUGGAGGCUGGUGGACUCUGCUGAAAUCCAGCCCAUAGGAAACUGUGAGAAGAACGGAGGGAUGCUGCAGCCUCCCCUGGGCUUUCGGCUGAAUGCCUCCUCUUGGCCCAUGUUCCUUCUGAAGACUCUGAAUGGAGCAGAGAUGGCUCCUGUCCGGAUUUUUCACAAGGAACCACCAUCCCCAUCCCAAAAUUUCUUCAAGACAGGUAUGAAGUUGGAGGCAGUGGACAGGAAGAACCCUCACUUCAUCUGCCCGGCCACCAUUGGGGAGGUGAGAGGUUCUGAGGUCCUCAUAACAUUUGAUGGCUGGAGAGGUGCCUUCGAUUACUGGUGCCGAUAUGAUUCCCGGGACAUCUUUCCCGUAGGCUGGUGCUCGCUGACUGGAGAUAAUCUGCAGCCCCCUGGAACAAAAGUUGUGAUUCCAAAGAGCCCUUUACCUGCCUCCGAAGUAAACUCGGAGAAACCUAGCAUGCACAGUAGCACAAAGACUGUUUUGGGGCAUCAACAAGGGCAAAGGCGUCGCAAAACAGGGAAGAAGCGUGGUCGAACGACCAAAGCGCUAAUCCAUCACCCCAUGCCUACACCCUCCAAGUCAGUGGAGCCUUUGAAAUUCCCCAGAAAGAGAGGCCCCAAGCCUGGCAGUAAGAGGAAACCUAGGACAUUGCUGAACCCAGCACCCACCUCUCCAACAACAAGUACCCCAGAACCAGACACAAGCACUGUGCCUCAGGACGCUGCUACAAUCCCCAGCUCUGCCAUGCAGGCUCCCACAGUUUGCAUUUACUUGAACAAGAACGGCAGCACUGGGCCCCACCUAGACAAGAAGAAAGUUCAGCAGCUGCCUGACCAUUUUGGACCAGCUCGAGCUUCUGUUGUCCUGCAGCAAGCAGUACAGGCCUGCAUUGAUUGUGCUUAUCAUCAGAAAACAGUCUUCUCCUUCUUAAAACAAGGCCACGGGGGAGAGGUCAUCUCAGCUGUGUUUGAUCGGGAACAGCACACUCUGAACCUGCCAGCAGUAAACAGUAUCACCUACGUCCUCCGCUUCCUGGAGAAGCUCUGCCACAAUCUCCGCAGUGACAACCUCUUUGGGAACCAGCCUUUCACCCAGCACAGCCACAUGCAGCGCUCACACGAGUACGACCACGACAGGUAUCUACCAGACAGAAGCAGUUCGUUAGACGGGACUCUGCAGGGACCAGGCCGGGGUACAAAGCGAUAUUCCCAAGAUUCCCCUCCAUACAGUGCUCCUCUCUCCCCCAAGUUACCAAAGAAUGACCGUCACCCUUUGGAAGGUGAAACCUUUGUUCUGGGAGAUGGCCUCCCAGGGCCCUUGGAACCUCGCCUGGACCCCAUGGACUCUGCCUUGAACUCUGUCAAUUCCUCCAGCCACAGCAGGAGCUCCAGAGACUAUCGCCUGCAAGGAUACAGGCACCUGCACCAACCCUCUAGCCUCACCCAGGGCAGCACCUCUGCCUUGCGUAGGCUUAGCUCUGGGGGCCCUGACAGGUACCUGGGCUCCCGGGACUCCCGGCUGAGCAGCCGCGACCCCUCCUGCUGGUCGGUGGAGGAGGUGAUGCAGUUCAUCCGAGAGGCGGAUCCACAGCUGGGACCCCACGCUGACCUCUUCCGAAAGCAUGAGAUCGACGGGAAAGCCCUGCUCUUGCUGCGGAGCGACAUGAUGAUGAAGUACAUGGGGCUGAAGCUGGGGCCGGCCCUGAAGCUCACGUACCACAUCGACAAGCUAAAGCAAGGCAAGUUCUGAGAGGACGCUCGGCAGGACGGAUCCUGGAAGCUCCAGCCAUCCAGCCGCGGCCCCGCACGCAGCCCCCGCCCCGGCCCCGGCCCCUGCCGCGCUGGAGGGGGCGGGAGCAGCGCGGGCCCCUGGCGGGGCCGAGGGUCUCCCCUGCUGCCCACCCGGUGCUUCUUCGCGGGCUCCCGGUCCUGCUUGCCUGAAGGGAGCAGCAGCUCUGGGCAGAGCUGGGGCCGGCUCCUCGUGCCGGCUCCUCUCGCUGUGGCUGGUGGGCCCCUCGGGGGGGCGGUGGGACGGGCUGGAGGCCCCACUGGGCAGCCCGUGAGGGGGACGGUUCCCCGGACCCACGCUCGACCCCUCCAGCACCGUGCCAGGCUCACAGCAACCAGUGCCCCAUCCCUGUCUUCCAUGCCUGGGGGAGCCCGGCUGCCCGUCCCAGGGGCCACUCCCAAGCUCUGCUUGCCCCUCAGCUCCUCGAGUCCCUCCAGCUGAGGGUGCCAGGCCGGGGGGGGAGGCCUCUGUAUUUAUUUCUGACUGAGGAGACCGUGCAGAGGGUGGAGGGAGCAGUGGCAGAGCUGAGGAGCAGGGCUGGGUCUGGCGUGGCCGUGGCAGGGACGGGCCUGGGUCGGCGUUGGAGGCUGCAGGACUCGACUGAUCCUUCUCUCAUUUAUUUUUUGAGGGUUUAUUGGCUUCGGUUUUUUUAAUUAUUUUUUUUUUAUAUACAAGGAGUCAUCUGUUUAAAAUUAUGAAAUGAUUUUUCUACCUGUUGAACUUGCAGCUCAUGGAGAUUUUUAGCCAGAGGUGCAAAGGUUCAUCUUCCCAGGGGCCCUUCCUGGCCCUCUGGUGUUUCGGUCCGUCCAGGUCAGUGUGUGCGAGAGGGUUUUGGCUCUGGCAAGUCAGGGGGUCCCAGUCUGGUGACCUGUCCUUGCGUUGCUUCUCCUGCCAGGGCUUUGCCCUGCCCAGGGGCACCUGUUUGUUUCAGACAGUCUAAUGUAUUUAUUCUUAUGGCACUUGAGCAGUAACUCACUGUCCCGGACACAUUACUGCAGCUGUGGGAGCAGAGGUCACCCAGCCAUGCCUGGCAACAGCUGCCAGGAUGGGGCUGCCUGUGGGGACAGGGGCUGCCCCCCCCGGAGCAUCAGCAGCUCUGGCCCAGGACAAGCUGGGGAAGGGCUGAGGGGCAGAGGAGCAGUGAGAGGAGGGCUGUUCCCAGCGUGUGCCACACGGGCACCCACAGCUCCUGCAGACGCUUCCGUUGCGCAGUGACCAAAGGGCUGGGACAGGGAUCUCCACUGCAAGCACUUCUUUCUUCCUGUCUUCAUCUCACCCACCAGGCAUCCAGAGCAACGUCACACCCUCCUCCCUGCCAGCCUCCAGGGCCCUGGCCAAGCAGCAGGACGGGCCCCCACGGUGAACAGCCCUCCAGUCUCUUGCACUGGGUCAGGUUUACCCCUAAGGGGAAAAGUUGCAUAAAAGAAUAAAAAAUAAAUACCCCAGAGUAAUAGUAAGUUGUACAGCACAGUCGGUGCUGCUGUCCCUGCUGCUGCCCCAGUGUGGUCGGAGGGACGUGGGACUCUGGCCUCUUGCAGGGCCCUGGAUGCCCCUCGUUUCCUGGCACUGGUCCCACUGCAGACAGGUCCCCACACGGGGUCAGCCAGUGCUUUCCUCUGCACUUAUUUUACCUUGAUUUGUUUAUAAAUAAAAGAAUAACUAAGUUG